UGACUUCAAAUAAUACAUACAUAUCGUAAUAGGGUCUUCAACAUCCUGUGGCCAUCAAGCCACUCACACAUCUGUACCCAAAAUGACCUUGCAAUGAAUGCAGUCAUCACUGUGUUAACUUCCAUCGUCUUCUUGCACUGUUCCAUAGCUCACAUUCCUCGCACAAAAAGGAACAGCUCCUAUGGCUGCUUUUGUUUCUCAUCGCAUCAAAACCCAUCUCAUUGUGUUAUCUAUCUUCCUUUUGCUGCUACUGUCUGAUAAGCCUUUCACCAUCUUAACACGAGAAAGUAGUCUGCUUUCUACCUUCCCAACUCCCUGCAUUUAUCAUGCUCAUCCCCUUCUUGCCUACAUGAGAUACCUGUCAUGCCUGUAAAGCUGAAGCUUUCACCGAUCCCUUUUAAGAACCUCCUACAGCUUACUCUUCCGCUUCGAGGACCGACAUGGCAUCCCAAUCCCUCACCGCUGCGUUCCUCGUCCUCGUUACCACCAUCUCCUCCCACCUCGUCACCUCCACGGCUGCCCCCGACCCCGACGACUACCUCAACGCCGCGUGCAAUGCGACGCGCUACCCCUCCCUGUGCGUGCGCUCGCUCGCCGGCUUCUCCCGCGCCGCGGCGCCGGAGAACCCCUGCCUGUGGGCGCGCGCCGCGGUGGUGGUCACCGCGGUCGAGUCGGAGAGGGUGGGCGGCUACCUGGCGGGGCUGCAGCGCGGGGGGCGGAUCCGGGGGCGGCGGGCUCGCGCCGCGCUCGCGGACUGCGUCGAGUGCCUCGCCGACGCGGUGUCGGAGCUGCGGGACGCGCUGGCCGAGCUACGGCAGCUGCAGCGGACCACGUUCGCGUUGCAGAUGAGCAACGUGGAGACGUGGGUCAGCGCCGCGCUCACCAACCAAGACACCUGCCUCGAUGGGUUCGCCGAGUUGCAGGGGAAGGGGGCGGCGGUGAGUGUGAUCACAAGCAAGGUUUUGAACGCUACCCACUUCACCAGCAACGCCUUGGCUCUUGUCAAUAAGCUUGCUUCCACGGGAGGGACGAGCUAAUUAAGAUGUCUAUAUUAUGUAUGAUGUUAGAGAGCUUUAAUAUAUUAUCUUUAUUAGCUAGAA